UUGGAACAAAAAUUUUAGUCUCGCUCGAGUUGUCAGAGCGCACGUUUACGGUGAAGAAAAGUGGCUUUUUUGUGUGGAAAUGUGUCCUUCCAAUUGAUAUCCCAGUGAUUAAAGUCUUCUACAGCUAUCCGUGGUGUCGUUAAGUGGUAAAGUGUGAAAAAUAGCAGCUCAGAAAUUGGUGAAAAAAUUGCAGAAAAUUUUCCGAAAUGGGAAAGACAAAAAUUUACUGUGCUAAAUGCCAAAAGAAGUGCUCAGGUGAGGUGCUAAGGGUGACCGAUAGAUAUUUCCACAAGACAUGCUUCCAGUGCACGACAUGCAGCAAAAGUCUGGCCACUGGUGGCUUCUUCUCCAAGGACGGAGCCUAUUACUGCACCUUGGACUAUCAAAAGAUGUACGGCACCAAAUGUGCUGCUUGCAAUUUGUACGUCGAGGGUGAAGUGGUGUCCACGAUGGGAAAGACAUAUCAUCAGAAGUGCUUCGUGUGCAGCGGAUGCAAAAAAUCCUUCCAGUCUGGCAGCAAGGUGACGAACACGGGAAAGGAAGUGCUGUGUGAGACGUGUGUAGCUAAUCCGGCUUCUAGUAAAGUCACAGCUACUACCCAUCAGUCUCGGGCUGAAACACAGAAGCCACAGUCACCUGCCAGGGAGAUCACCAUGAGUCCGACAAGGGCCACUGCCACAGCCAGUCAACAGCAAGAAGUGCCACGCAGGGUCAACAAUUCGACCGAGUACGAUCCCAAUGAAUGCGCCGGAUGUGGGGAUCAAUUGAAGGAGGGUCAAGCUUUGAUUGCACUCGAUCGACAGUGGCACGUUUGGUGCUUUAGGUGCAAAAAUUGCAGUGCUGUGCUAAAUGGGGAGUAUAUGGGAAAGGAUUCGGUGCCGUACUGUGAGAAGUGCUACCAGAAAUCUUUUGGCGUCAAGUGUGCCUAUUGCAAUCGCUACAUCAGCGGCAAAGUGCUGCAGGCUGGAGACAAUCAUCACUUCCAUCCUACAUGUGCCAGGUGCACAAAGUGCGGUGAUCCCUUUGGGGAUGGGGAAGAGAUGUACUUGCAGGGCAGUGCGAUUUGGCAUCCACGAUGUGGUCCAGGACCCGGAGCUGAUGUUGGAACAGUGCUCAAUGGCACUAAUGGCCAUUUCACUGAUACGGAAUGUGAUCGUAUGAGCACAAGUGCAAUGAGUGAAUUGCAGUAUUCAAUUGGUUCACGUACACCAAGUGGUUCGCUCUUUAAUACACCAUACACUAGUAGGAAGUACCAUCGCACAAUCAGUCCGGGUUUGAUGUUGCGCGAAUACGGAAGACACGGAUAUGGCUAUGAGGAUAUCUCGCGGAUUUACACGUACAGCUAUUUAACCGAUGAGCCACACUAUCUCAAGAAGCCCAUUGAUCCGUACGAUAAGGCGCCGGUGUCGCCACAUUUCCAUCGUCCUCACUCGGCCACGGGUGGGACGAUUAGUAUGCCAUCGUCGAGGCCUCAUUCGCGCAACAAAAGUGCGAUGAAAGUACUUGUGGAUUCAAUACGAUCAGAGACACCACGUCCCAAGAGUCCAGCAAUGAACAAUGAAGAACCAAUUGAGCUUUCCCACUAUCCGGGCGCCAAGAAACCACCACCAGGUGAGAAGCCUAAGAUUGAGAGGGAUGACUUUCCAGCACCACCAUAUCCCUACACGGAUCCAGAAAGGAGACGUCGCUAUUCGGAUUCGUACAAAGGUGUCCCAGUGUCUGAUGAUGAGGAUGAAACUGAUGCUGCUGCAACGGCAAACAAUAAAAUUGAACGUUUGAAGAAAGAGGAAGAAGAGUUGGCUAAGAUGAAUUCUGGGAUGGGGGCUGUGAUUCUGAAGGACCUAAAGGAACAUGCUAGAUAUACAAAGUGGAAGCAGCAGCAUUUGGAUCCGAGAAAUGCUUCGAGGACCCCGUCAGCUUCCAAAGAGCCACUCUACAAAUUGAGAUAUGAAUCCCCAGUGGGUGCUUCACCGUCGAGGAAUCUGGACCAUCCUCGACCGUUUUACGAUGAUGAAACGACUUUUGACCGAAGCACGAGUUACCGUGGUUCAGUUGGACGUGCAAUAGGCAGUGCACCAAGCUACAAUGUGGUGAGUUCUUUGAGACAAAUUCCUAAACCUGGGUACGGCUUGGCUGCCCGUUCGCAUACAUUCAGUUCUGCUACAACGACUGGUUCCGCCCAGGGUGCUCCUGAUUUCUCCUUUGGCGGUCUUGGCGACAAGACACACAGUACGGAGUUUAGUUGUGGCAAAUCAGAUGUUUCCGUUGACUCAAUAACGGAGGGAGAUCGUCGAGCCCUGAUGGCAGCUGAAUUGCCAGUAUCUAGCACAUAUUCCGGUGGUAUUGCCUACCAUCAUCCUCAACCGGGUCUCAUCCGUCGUAGUUUGCCCAACAUGGCACACUCCAUGCUAGUCCAUGAACCGGCCAAAAUAUAUCCCUAUCAUCUUUUACUUAUCACAAACUAUCGUCUGCCAGCAGAUGUGGAUCGAUGCAAUUUGGAGCGUCAUCUUUCUGACGUGGAAUUUGAAGCAAUACUACAGUGUACUAGAGCAGAAUUCUAUCGACUACCUCAAUGGCGUAGGAAUGAGCUAAAGAGACGAUGUCGUCUAUUCUAAACACAGAGAGAAUAAAAAAAAACGCUUUCAACUCAUUAAAAAAAAAACUAAUAAUACUUCAUUGCAUAAAGCUAAUAGGGAUGAGCUUCUAUGCCCUGCAAAGAUUGAACCUUGAGGUGAAAUUAUUUAGAGAUGGACGGAAAAAGAGAAGAAAUUGACAAAAAAAUGCAUUUAUAUAAGGUGUGCAGAAAAAAAAAUCCCACGACGAAGAGAGAAAAA